AAGAUUAUUUAUUUACAAAAUGUAUAGAUACAGGACUAUUUUUUUAAACAAGAAUUUAUUUAAUUGUGUGAAACGUCAUCGACUGGAUUUUAAAAAUUUAUAUUCGACAUGGAAUAAAGACCGAACUAAAGAAUAUGAAGGUCGAAAAUUAAUUGGGUUUUCAAUGGAACAAAUAUUUGACGUGGUUGCAGACGUACAAAAGUACAAAAAUUUUUUGCCAUUUUGUAAAAAAUCCGAAGUGUAUUCUCGCUCCGAGGACAGUUUACGUGCCAAUUUGGUUAUUGGAUUUCCACCGCUGUUAAACGAAAACUAUACGUCAUGUGUGACGAUGCACCGACCGUAUUUUGUAAAAGCGGAAUGCAAAGACGGUAAAUUAUUCAAUCAUCUGAAUACGCUGUGGAUUUUUAGCCCUGGACUGAAAAAUAAUCCACAUACAUGUGUCAUUGAUUUUUCAUUGUCAUUUGAAUUUAAAUCUCUACUACAUUCUAAUUUGUCGAAUCUGGUCUUUAAUGAAAUAGUCCGUCAAAUGGAGAAUGCUUUUAUUAAUGAAGCUCAUCGGCGACACGGGAAACCGUGUAUAAAAACUGUUAGACUAGAAAAAUAAAUGUAAAAAAAAUUCUUCAAUAUACUUAAAUUAUUAUCAA